AUGGCACUUCCCUCUUAUUUUAAGUCCGUCCCGAGGAGUGGCCGCGAAUCCCAAGCACACCGCCAGUGCCCUGCGGUCGCACAAGACGGGAUCGCACCCGACGAGUAUCCAACGUUCACGCGACCCAGCAGUCCGGAACUGGAUGGAUCCAAGCGAUACACGGAUGAUGCGCCCAAGAGGAAACGCACGCACCCCUGGACAUUCCGCCGUGAUUCGAAUUCAGAAAGCGGAGAUGACUGCGACCGGCCACUAGCAAGAAGACUCUCUCGGAAGGCUUCCACGGUUCUCCACAAGUUCACUCCCCAGCGUACUCGCAGCGAUGCAUCUUCUGCACGAGCACAGAGCCUCCCAGAGGGACCGGAAGAGGCCGACGAGCAUGUAGAGCCAGUUGCAAAGAGAAGACACUUCUCUGCAGAAAGGCGGCGCUCGUCACUGCAGAAACUGAAGGAUCUCAUCAACAAAGUACACAAAGACUCUGCAGCGCCGACUAAAACCUUCCUCCCGGCCCCUCCGCUGGAUGAAGAUGAUCGUGACAUGGGCUUGAUGCAAAGAUCUUGUUCUGGGAAGGCCCCAUCCCUCGCAGCUGAGGAUCCCGAGCUGAUCUACAUGGCUGGCGCCCUGCCAGCGCCCGCGUCAGAAGACAGCUCGGGGGAUGGAAAUGGAAUCGGAAAUGGAAACAUCAGCCUAGAUCCUCUCUUGAACCCCAACUUAACGGAGAGUAAACAUCGAAAGGCAUCCACUGCCGCCGCUAGCCUGGACUCCGACUAUUGGGUCAAUGCAGCUACAGCAGCUACUAGUAUCGACGUUGAUAUGGACGAUGGGCGUGAGGUUGGGCUUCUUCCACCAGCGAGCCUCACCGGCUACAGCCCUCCACCUAACCCCAAGAACAAGCGCGCUCGCCACUACCCAUACAAUGCACUGCCCAACUUUCCCAACCGUCGUAACUCCCUCAAGAGGCAAUUUUCACUUUCUUCCAAGUCUCAACGCCGCGACAUGACCACCGCCCUGUCCAACCGCCACAUCGCCCCCUGGGACCCUCUCUCAACCACUUCCUCAGUUACUCAACCCGAUUCCACCUCCGUAAUCGGCGUCCUUCCCUCCCUCUCCUCUGAGACAACUAUAUCACACAUCAGCAUCCCCACCUUCAACCUCCCACAAUCUCCUGCAAGUCAUCCCGAGGGCACCGAUCAGUGUCCAGCCUCUCCGUCCAACCCUCCCACCGAGGCCUCGGAGGAGAAAGCGGGAUCCACCUUCACGCCGCCGAGCCCGUGUACAGUACCUCCCCCUUCCACAGAGCCACACGUGUCAGAGACGUACGUCUCGCUCCCAGCCCUCCACCAACGCGAUACACUCAACGUCCCUGACGUCGACACGCACCCCUCCACGGCCGCGGACUCUACGUUCUCGGGCGAGGAGUUGCGGCUGAGAAGGUCCGGCAGUUUGAGGCGCUCGGCGAGUGCGUUGACGUUGGAUGGAAUGGAGGGGUUAGAGGGUUUUGAGUAUGUACAGAGGGCGCUGGGGUGGUCCGGGAAUUGUGGAUGUGUGAGGGAGGGGUGUGGGUGUGAGGAGAGGGGAAGACGGUAG